UCUGCUUAGGUGUUGCUUUUAAUGAGCGCGCCGGCCAAGGCAGCGGGAUGUAACGAUGGCAUGAGAACUGCCAGGGUAACCCCCGCCACGACAUAAGAUAGUCCUCACGCAAUGGUCGAGCCGAGCAUCCCGAGCCACAUGGAGAUGGCACCUCAUGCAUACACUUCCCCGGUACUAGUGGCCCCCCGGGAGCCCCCCAGGUUCCCGGUAUAGGGGGUUUGGCACAGGAAGAGAGAAAAGGAAACCCCUUUCUUCAGCCUCUUCAAGAACGCGAAGGAAGACCGUGGAACUCGUUGCAGAGGAGAACAACCGUGGAUGCUGCCUAUGCAUCGUGUCGUGAAAUCUAAGUGCAUUACUGCAAAUCAUGUGAUACUGUUGUGGCCUCCCGUGACCAGGUCUCAAGGCUUAUCAUGACGCUAUGUACUCUGUCAGUAGUCCAUGGAUAGAUAGACUCACAGUGUAAGCUUUUUUAACUUUGCCUUAAUGCAGACAGAGAAGAGGGUCACUUGAAAAUUAGUGAUUAGUUACAGAAAAGAAAAGAAAAAGGAAAGGCAGGGGACGAAACCAGACAAUCCUCCGAUUUUUGUUCCCUUGGCACUUGCUCAGAGUGCCAUACAGCCAGGAAGUGAAAUUUAAGCGCGGGUCAGGAGAGGUGUUUUAAACUGGCUCUGUUCGUGCUGCUCCCGUCAUUCCGCCACCGUGGCAGGGGUGGGCGGGGGCACGGCGUUGGCAGGGGGGGCGGCAGGCCCUGAUAAUAUGGCCGACUUACAGGACAGACAAGUUGUUUUUGAUCGCCUCAAGCGUCGUCUUUCAAACUACCGGCAGAAUCACAACUCUGUCACUCAGCGAUACGAUACUUCCAUUGACUUGGUGUACUCUAGUGAGCAAAAGCAGACAUCGAUUCUGAAGCAAAGGCAUAUCGAGUCCAAAGCGAAGAAGUCCAACAAGAAGACAACCGAUAAUAAGAAGCAGGAUAAUUCUUCCUUGCUAGCCACGAUGGGGCAAUCGAAGAUGCUCGCCCGCGGGCACGACCAGACCACGUCGUCUGGCGAGAGCCACGAGAACGAGCCAGCGGCCAAGAAGCAGCGGCUCAACAACGGAGCGCCCCCGCACGGUGGUCCUCACGGCGCCACGCACGCUGCCACCUCCCAUGGCGGGCCGCCCCAUGUGGGAGGGCCCCAGGCGAGCGGGGCCGCUGGAGACAUCAACAGUUUCCAGAUGGUGCAGCAGCUGCCCAACAUGAAGAAGACCAACUCGCCAGUCCCCGCGGGCGCAGGUCCGGCGGGCGCCACUACCUCGGCCUCCAAUGGCCCCCCUGUAGAGGAUGUCAAGAAGGAGCAGCAGGACUUGGACAUUGCUCUCUUAGAUGACAUUGAAGACUUUAGUAACAUUGGUGAUAUUGAAGACAUGGGGAUUAAUUUUGACCAGUUUAUGAGUGACCUAGAUUUUGAUAAUAUCAAACAGGAAAAUAGUAACUCUGGUUUGUGUGACCUUGUGAAAGAGGAAUCCGCGGAGAAUUUGUUUGAUAACGAGCCCUCGAGUGUAAGUAGUGAUAGUGGUGUUGCGAAUGGUAAUGCUAGUGCCCAGAGUCCCCAGGUAACUAUGAACAAGGCCGGGGGGACGUCCACGACCGCGGCCUCCCCCGUGUUCCCGCAGUACCCAGGAACUCCCCCAGUGUCUCAUCUGGCUCCCCGACGCCAUUCUCUGCCACCAGCAGCGUGCCAAAAAUGCGUGUGACCAUGAACAUGGGUCAGUCGGACAUGAUUCCUGCGGCCCAGACUCUCAAGCAGAUGGCCGAGCAGCACCAGAUCAAAAUGGUGUCGUCUGGACCUAACAACGUGCGGCCGAGUUUCCCGGAAUACCAGUUGAAUAACAUGAACAAUCCUGCCGCUGGAGGCAUGAUGAUUCAGCAGGGUGGUAUUAAUAAUCAAAUGUAUAAUAGUAACAUGAAUCAAACCAAUGCCAUGUACAACAAUCAAAAUAGUGGGAUGAGUGAGAUGGAAAUGAAGAAGCACCAGAUGAUGCAGCAGCAGAUGGUU